CCGCAUGCGAGCCUGCCCCUUCCGUGCAGUGUGACUGUUCUCCUGCCUGCGGCCUUUGUGAUUAAUUGCGCGAAGGCGAUGGCGGCUUCGCGGGCACCUGGCGGAGGGAACAGGAUGAAAGCCUUGGAGCUGUUGCAGAGUCUGCCUAGGGUCAGCCUCGCCAACCUACGGCCUAACCCUGGAUCCAAGCGAAAGAUAAAAAAACAAGGUCGUGGAAGAUAUAAUCCUCCAAAGAGAACUGGCGGGCAAGCAAAAUCUGGAUCACUCCCUCGCUUAGGCUUUGAAGGUGGCCAAACACCAUUUUAUCUGGUUAUUCCAAAAUAUGGCUACAAUGAAGGACAUAGUCUCAGACGUCAAUAUCCACCUAUCAGUCUCAGAAAGCUGCAAUACCUUAUUGACUUAGGCAGAAUUGAUCCCAUGCAACCAAUAGAUCUUACCCAACUGACAAAUGCCAGAGGUGUAACAAUGCAGCCAUUUAAAAGACAUUAUGGUAUCCAUCUUGUGGAGGAGGGUGCUGAUACUUUUGCAGCAAAAAUAAACAUUGAAGUACAGUGGAUAUCUGAACUAGCCAUAGCUGCUGUUGAAAAAAAUGGUGGUGUAAUUACUACAGCUUUCUAUGAUCCAAGGAGCUUGGAGAUUCUUUGCAAGCCAGUGCCAUUUUUUCAGAGAGGCAAACCUAUUCCAAGGCGAAUGCUACCUCCUGAAGAUCUUGUCCGUUACUAUACAGAUCCUGCAAACCGAGGCUACUUGGCUGAUCCUUCAAAGGUUGCUGAAGCAAGGAUGGAACUUUCCCAAAAAUAUGGUUAUAUCUUACCAGAUAUUACCAAAGAUGAACUUUUCGAAAUGCUGAGUACUCGGAAGGACCCUAGGCAGAUUUUUUUUGGACUUGCUCCAGGUUGGAUAGUAAAUAUGUCAGAAAAGAAGAUUUUGAAACCAACAGAUGAGAAGUUGCUAAAAUAUUACAGCUCCUGAAUAUUGAAAUUGGAUAUACCAUUUAAUGUUUAUAUGUAAUAUAAAUAAUAUUGAAUCAAUUGUAAUAAUACUAUAAUAAAAUAUAAACAUUUUUCUGCA